AUGCCAUCCAUAUCGAAAGAGUAUUCAUUUCGCGCAUUUUUAGAUCGCGUCCAAAAACACUUACGCGCUCUUCAAGCGUUAGGAGAACCCAUAGGUUUAUGGGACUCCAUAUUAAUCGUAAUAUUACGGGAAAAACUUAACUCCUCCGCUCGCGAGCGAUGGGAAGAUUGCAGUAGCGCUUUAGAUCCUCACGCUCGUUAUGAGGCUUCUAGAAAUGGUGGAUGGUGCACUAACUGUCUAAGAAAAGGACAUAGAGCAUCCAAAUGUACCUCUCAGCCAUGCAGAAAUUGUAAGCUGAAACAUCACACUCUUUUACAUUUUGAAAAAGCAAAUAAUUCUUCCAACCAAUCGGUAAAUCCUCAAGUUUCUUCUCAUUUUGUUGCAAAUAGUACUAUUUUGCAAGCUCAAACAAGCUCACAUGUUUUACUUGCUACUGCUCUAGUUGACAUGGUGAAUCAUCAAGGCAAGAGUAAAACUAUUCGCGUAUUUUUAGAUGCAGGUUCUCAGGCACAUUUUAUAACUGAAAAUGUUGCAAACUUUUUGAAUUUAAUUAAGAAACCAGCUAAUAUUUAUAUAACUGGGAUAGAUAAUACUUCAACUAGCGUUAAGCAUUCUGCUCGAGCUACCUUGCAAUCUCGAUGCAAUAAUUACAGGGAAUAUGCUGAUUUUUUAAUUGUACCUCAAAUUAGUCAGCUUGUAUCUUGUCAUAUCUCGAUCCAUUCGGAUCCUCCAGAUGUAAGCUUAACCCGUUUUUGGGAAAUUGAAGAACUUUCAUCGAGUACAAUUUUGUCUCCUGAAGAAAAGGCCUGUGAGGAGCAUUAUGCUCUUAAUACAACGAGAAAUACUGAUGGAAGGUAUGAAGUACGUUUACCCUUUAAUAAUAAAAAGGCUGGCUUAGGUGAAUCUUACGCCGUUGCGUUAAAACGUUUUUAUGCGUCGGAGCGUAAAUUCCAGCAGAAACCCGAAAUACAGCGUGAGUACAUUGCAUUUUUAGAUGAGUACUUGGCAUUAGGUCAUAUGUUACUUGCAAAGGAUCAAAAUACUACAGGUAAAGGGUUCUUUCUUCCACAUCAUGCUGUGGUCAAGGAAGACAGUAUAACGACAAAAACUCGCGUCGUUUUUGAUGGUUCAGCUAAAACUUCAACUGGAAUCUCCUUAAAUGAUACUCUUAUGGUAGGUCCUAAACUUCAGGACGAUUUACUUUGUAUUCUUUUACGUUUUUGA